UUCUGAAUAAGAAGAUUGAGAGAAGUUUGAAACGUUGUGCAGAAAUCAGUGCUCAUAUUCAGCUAGUUUUGCAAGCUCUCAGAGAAUUGCAAAAUUUGGAUUAUACUACAGAAACUCCUAGAAGAGAAGUUUUGUAAGAUAUUUAUAAUGAUUUUCAGUGAAGAAGGAGAACUUCUUUCUGUAGGUGAUGUUAGUUCUGAUAGUGACUCAGAAGUUGAUAUUCCAAAAUAUGAAAUUUCUGCUUUCAAAAAAUAUCCUUCUAAAAUUGGUGGACCUAGUCAGCCAAAAAAGAGUGAUUUGUAUCAUAAUAAAAGCAUUAAACUUGCCUCAUCACUGAACCCAGGACUGGACUGUAGUAAAGGCAAUUAUCUCAAUGUUGACUUGGCAAAUGUAAGUCUAAAAGAUCAAGUGAAGAGGGAAAAGAAAAAUCUGCAAAAAAUUUUGGAUGCGAAUCUUAAGAAAAGUGUAGUUUGCCAACCAGAUUUUGAGUCAUUAGAGAAAGUUCCAACUUAUUUGAGCCGCAGGCAAAGAACUAAGCAGGGCUUGAAAGAAAAAGAAAAGACCAAAGGUUUCCACUGGUAUAAUAUGAAAGCUCCCGAGAUGACGGAAGAAAAGAAAAAUGAUUUAUUAUUAUUGCAAAUGCGGCAAGCUCUAGAUCCAAAACAUUUCUAUAAACGUAGUGCUAAUAAAACAAAUCCAAAAUAUUUUGAAAUUGGUACUUUUGUUGAAUCACCUGUUGACUUCUAUAGUUCUCGUGUUCCUAAGAAGCAGAGAAAACAAACUCUUGUAGAUGAACUGCUUGCAGAUGCAGAAUUCCGACGGUACCAAAAGAGGAAGAUUACUGAAUUUGAGCUGUCUCAACCAAGAAAGUUUAUUCGCCGGAAAAAAGCAAAGAAAACAAAAUUAUUAGAAGCUAGAGGAACUGAUACUAAAAAGAAAUCUAAGAAGAAUAAAAAAUAGCCUAAACUGUAUAAAAUAUAAAUUCUGUUUUUUUUUCUAAAAA